CCUCGUCCAGCAGCAACAGCAGCGGAGGAGCUGCCGUGCCUCGUCGUUCACUAAAGAGAUCCGUAAAGCCGGAGCAGUAGAGAAACCCCAUAUAGCCAUGGCAGAAAACGCCGGCUUGGAUAACCACCGCAUCAAGAGCUUUAAAAACAAGGGGCGUGAUGUCGAGACUAUGAGAAGACAUCGAAAUGAGGUGACGGUUGAGUUGAGAAAGAACAAACGAGAUGAACAUCUACUGAAGAAGAGAAAUGUCCCGCAGGAAGAGAGUCUGGAGGACUCUGAUGUCGACUCAGACUUCAAAGGACAAAAUGUCACUCUUGAUGCCAUCCUACAGAAUGCUACCAGUGAUAACGCAGUGAUCCAGCUCAGUGCUGUGCAGGCAGCCAGAAAACUACUCUCGAGCGACAGAAACCCUCCAAUCGAUGACUUGAUAAAGUCUGGUAUCCUGCCCAUUUUAGUCAAAUGCCUGGAAAGGGAUGACAACCCCUCUCUUCAGUUUGAAGCAGCUUGGGCUUUGACCAACAUUGCGUCUGGGACUUCAGCACAGACUCAGGCUGUGGUUAAAUCUAAUGCCGUGCCCCUCUUCCUGCGGCUGCUACACUCCCCCCACCAAAAUGUUUGUGAACAAGCUGUAUGGGCUUUAGGAAACAUUAUAGGUGAUGGUCCACAGUGCAGAGAUUAUGUCAUCUCACUUGGGGUGGUCAAGCCCUUGUUCUCUUUCAUUAACCCAUCAGUCCCCAUUACUUUCCUCCGCAAUGUUACUUGGGUCAUUGUCAACCUCUGCCGCAACAAGGAUCCACCACCGCCCAUGGAGACUGUGCAAGAGAUUUUGCCCGCCCUCUGUGUGCUAAUAUAUCACACCGACAUAAAUAUUCUAGUAGACACAGUGUGGGCUCUAUCUUAUCUGACGGACGGAGGCAAUGAGCAGAUCCAGAUGGUCAUCGACUCUGGAGUUGUUCCGUUUCUUGUGCCUCUUCUCAGUCAUCAGGAGGUGAAAGUCCAGACGGCAGCUCUGAGGGCAGUGGGGAAUAUUGUAACAGGGACAGAUGAACAAACACAGGUUGUGCUCAACUGUGACGUCCUCUCACAUUUCUCCAACCUCCUCACACAUCCUAAGGAAAAGAUUAACAAGGAAGCAGUUUGGUUCCUCUCCAACAUUACAGCUGGGAACCAGCAGCAGGUUCAAGCUGUGAUCAAUGCUGGAUUGAUUCCGAUGAUCAUUCACCAACUGGCAAAGGGUGACUUUGGCACUCAGAAGGAGGCAGCAUGGGCCAUCAGCAACCUUACCAUCAGUGGGAGGAAAGACCAGGUGGAGUUCCUGGUGGAGCAGAAUGUGAUCCCUCCAUUCUGUAACCUGUUAUCAGUGAAGGACUCACAGGUGGUGCAGGUUGUCCUGGACGGCCUGAAGAAUAUCCUGAUCAUGGCAGGAGAUGAAGCGAGCACUAUUGCUGAGAUUAUUGAGGAGUGUGGAGGAUUGGAGAAGAUAGAAAAUCUGCAACAGCAUGAGAAUGAAGAUAUCUACAAACUAGCCUUUGAGAUUAUUGAUCAGUACUUUUCAGGAGAUGAUAUUGAUGAAGAUCCCAUUUUGAUCCCUGAUACCACUCAAGGAGGAACCUUCAAUUUCGAUCCAGCUUCCAACAUGCAAACUUCAGAGUUUAAUUUCUAAAAGCCAGGACAUUUGGUUCAACCAGCUGCGCGGGUACUCUGCAAUCACCCCAGACAUUCAUCCAUCUCUCCUCCAACCUGGCAACCUGGUACCGAAGGAUUUACUUAGAAUCACUUCUACUUACCACUGAAAGAUUUACCCACCUCUGCACUGCGGGGUUUAUUUCUUUCUAUAAGGUCAUCCUUCACAGAACACUGCAACCAAUCAGGAGUCCUGUUUACUCAACGGGCACCAUCACCACCUGGCAACCUGCAUUGGGGAGGAUUGUCGGCAAUCUCAGCCAGUGCUUCAAAAUCCAAAUAUCACACAAAAAUAAAACCAGAAGAAAAAAAAAUUCUUCAGGGCAAGAUUUAAUUGCCAAAUGUCAAGUUCUCACAAAGACAAAAACACAAGACAUUUACACUGACAUACACAGAUACCCACAUAUUUACGUACACACUUUUGAACACCCAAGAAUUUGUGUGCAUACUUCUGUUUGAAGCCAUCAUAUCACUAAUGGGGAAGAAAUACUGCGGUUUGUUUGUAGUUUAUUUUGUGCUCUCCCUCCUCUUGAUUGUCCUCUGGUGUUCCUUCACCCAUGUGCACGCACACUAAUAUUCUACUACACACAUCGACACACUUAGUCACGUUGAUACUUGAUGGCCGGGCACCCCAGUAACCCUCUCUCACCCAGUUUAAAGAGUUAAUCCCAGAGCUAAGCCAUGAAUUAUCCACGGACCCCCACUGGCCUCCCAGGAGAGUCCUGUGGCAGGGGGAGGGGUGAAGGGCCUGAAGGGAAAAAAGAGGAUUCCAUGGUAAACUGACUGAUAUGACUUCUGACUCGAUGAUGUCACUUUUUUUUAACGUGACUACUGUUGAAUUAUAAAACAAAGUAUGUUUCAAAAAAAAUUGAAAAUGUGAAGAAAAUGCCAUUUUUGUUUUUUUUGUCCCAAGACAAGUGUAAGACCUGCUAAUUGCCAGCUCCUGAUUCAGCAGAACAGCAUUUUUUUUUUAUCUUUUUCUUUUUUUGAGGGGGUGGGGGUGGUAUGUGAAUACCUACCAUGGGAGUAAGCACCUUUAGGUGAAGGCACAGAGACUUGAGAGGAAGGGAACAUGUCGGAUGUAGCGUUUAUCUUCCCCACACGACAUCCAUGUCUGCAGCAUGAUCUUGGUCACGGCCUGUGAUCCUUUGAACUGUGUGCCCGGGACUCCCCUGUAAUGUGAAACCAGGCGGGUUACAAAGAAAAUACAAGUUGAAACUAAAAUCGAUUAGAAUUGCUUAUCUAAUUUCUUUUGGGGUUAAUUCUCUCUCCAUUCAGAUAUUUUAGUUUCAAGUUUCAGCUUCUACUAGUUGAGUCUGUGGAGCUUCCAUAUGUCUGUUUUUGCGUUUUCCUUCUCUUUAGUCUUAUGCACACGUCUGAGAGGCAUGUUAAUGUCUGCCUGCAGGAAGGGACCUUUUAUUCGAUGAAGACUAAACAUGGAGUACAGGUCCUGACAUUUACAGUACUUAACUACUUUCGAUGAAGAGGUCACAUGUCAUCAUUCAAUUUGAAUAAUUGUACAAAAAUGUGAUGUGUAUCUCUCCUUGCCAUCAAAUGAAUAUAUGAGUAUAUUUACAUAAAGCCUGUACAAAGCUGCUGCAGCUGACAGUCAUUGGAUGGACGAUAACCUUACUGUCAAAGAUGGCUGGGGAGGGUUUUUGUUUUUGUCUGAGCAAUAUUUCUUUGUUUUAUUGUUUUCAUGUUUGAUUUGCAUAUGUAUUGUGAUGACAUGCUGAUGAAUUGGAUCAGGCUGUUUUUUUUUUUCUUUUAGUGGUGAUGGGCUGUUAAAAAUGUACCGUCCCAUGUCCCAGUUGGUGUAUAGGCUUGGGUUUGAGUUGUCAAGACUUACUGAUCCUCUGGAUGGCUGCUAACUACUGAGAGGGUCAGAGCAGGGGAGGGAGUGGGCAUCAAACUGGGGAUUUAAAUACUGUGUGGGGUUGUUAUGUGCAGCCCAGGCUUGUUUUUUUGGGACUAGCUGUUUAUUACUGAACAAAACCAUAGAGAGGGUGUACAGUCAUGGACUAGCGGAAUAGACCGAGCCACUUUAAAGAUUUACAAUUUUGUUGCCUUGUAUCUGAAUUGGAUACAAGCUUAUGUUUGUUGCAAGAUUUUUACUUGCUAAUGAAAAGUUGUUUUAAAUAAAAAAAAAAAAAACUAAUGGGAGAAAAGCAACAGACAGCGUUUUGGCCUCUGAUUGUUUAUAUCUUUUUAUAAAUUUUAGAUUGAAUUCUUCUCUUUAAGGUGGCUCAUUGAUGCUUUCAACUCUUGUGCAUAUUAAAGAAAAGAAUGAGUUGAAAAUCAUUGUGCCUUUUGUUUUUCAUUUCAACUAAAAAUAGGUUUUAUUGAGUAGAAAGUAUUCUUGCAGCAACUGGAGAUGUGGGAGAUUUUGCUCCCAUGGUGUUGGAGUUAAUGACCAGUCCUGCUCUCUGUUGUUGAGAGUAACUGCUCCCCUGCAGUCUAACCCAUUGAACGUUGAAUGCACAAUUUCUCUCACUCAUCGACAACCCUCUUCUCCCCGUACACGGUAAACAAUCAUUGCCAUAUUUCAGUCAGGGGAUUUUGAUAUCAUUGCCUCUCAUCUCACCCUCAGGACAUGAUCUGUGUUUCUGAUCCUAACCAAAAUAAACUUGAUGUUCAGCCACUGGA